AGAGAAAGAGAGAGAGAGAGAGCGCUUUGGUGGAAUUGGAUGGAUCUGUGCAGCAGUUGCACCUUUUUGUGUUGCAGAGGAAUAAAUACGCUUUAGUCGCUCCUCGAGGACGCCUAUCACUUAUUUUAUCGCCUAUUUUUUCAAGCAGCAACUACUGACGUUUAAAUCAAUUUUUAAAUCGCAUGAAAACAAGUUUUUGGGUGCAAGUAAAGACUGAUAAGAGGAGUUUUACGCAUUGUGCCGACCAGAAAGGACUGGGAACUACACGUGCUGUUUUUGUGAUUAACCGAAGGCAGGAUAUUUUUACGCAAGAGAAACACAGCCCCAAAUCCCAGAAGGAUGUAAGGAAUGAUUUUUCCCUCAGUGUUCUCGAGGAGCGUGUUUUUUUUUUUCCAACCUCUUUGUCCAGAGCGCACUGUUUUUCUCCAUGAGGCGUAAAACGCCGUGACACCCUGAAGCGUCACAACUCGGGUUUGACCCAGACAAACUGGACCAAGGCCAGAGGAGCGUCUCCACAAAAGAAGCUUGGAUGUAGUGAAGAAGUGUGGUGAGGUUUUCCAGCCCCGGGUGUCUCCUGUCAUCUUGAUUCACCCCCGUAUGGCGUUGUACUGGAAGUGAUCUGCACAGGACAGGAUGGUUUCUGACCCUCUCUCUGAUUUACGUCCCUAACGGCACACCGACAGUGGAAUCUGGAGUUCUGUGAAGGUUAAAUAUGACUGCAGCAGCAGCUGUGUUAACAGGCUUGGCCAAACUAAAACGUCAAGACUCCGCUCGCUCCCAGCAUCGACCCGUACCACCCACGUCGCCGGGCCUGGGAAAUCAUGUCCCAGAGGCCGCUCCAAGAAAAAGAAAGCGUCGCACUGAUGUUGUGGUGGUCCGUGGCCGGCUCCGCCUCUACUCCGCCUCUGGGUUUUUUCUACUUCUGGGUCUGAUCAUCUUAGCCUUUGGGAUUGGUAUGGCAACACUGGGCUACUGGCCUCACGGUGAAACCAAGAUCCCAGGCAAAUUUGAAACUAGUGUGGAAUCUGAGACAGUAGCUGACAGAGAAGCCAAAUGGUCUAAUGAAGCCAGGAUAGUCACAGAUGGGGACGAGGAACUGUCCAGCAGGAGUCACCAUGUGCAAGGCACGGCCUCCAAGCAGACUGAAGGUGGGGCUUUGACACGCUUCCUGGAACAGCAUCGUCACUCAGAAAGGAUGAAGAUGCUCGGGCCAUUCACCAUGGGGAUUGGAAUUUUUAUUUUUAUUUGUGCAAAUGCCAUUCUUCAUGAAAACAGAGACAGGGAAACAAAGAUAAUCCAUAUGAGAGACAUGUACUCCACUGUAAUUGACAUUCAUCGCCUGCGGCAGAGAGAGCAGAAGCAACAGAAAAACAGCACGUACGCAAGAGAUAUCGCAGACCUUCAAGGAUUUGGGGUAGAUGAUGCAACAAGGUUAGCCAACUCCCUCCUGGCCUUCUCCUCUCAGGUUGGAGGAGGAAGAGGCUCCACAGAGGAGGAAGUGCUCCUAGGAGAUGAGGAAUUCCACAGGCAAAGAGAGCAGGCCAAGUUGGAUUGCAGCUUUGCGGGGCUACUGGCCCCUCUUUACAAGGACCGGCCCUUCUGUGGCCCAGGGCUGGCCCACUCAGACUCCUUUCACCAUCAGUGGUCGGUGGAUGGAGAUGGAGAGAAGAGAGGACACCAUGCUCGCUCCAUUGUCUCCUCCUCUAUCUCAGCCUUUACUCUGCCUGUCAUAAAACUCAAUAACUGUGUUAUUGAUGAACCAGAGAUGGAGGUGAUCACAGAGGAGGAGAGAGUGGGCGUAGGAGGAGAGAGACGAGACGGACAUACGGAGCAGCCGCUGUGCUCCAUGGAGUCGUUGGCUGUUCCUGUAGCAUCUGUUGCCAAGGCCUCCAAACCACCGAGUUUGCACAGGAGUAACUCUGCCUCCUCAUCAUCCCACUGCUCCUCCGUCUCCUCUUCUUCUCUGUCUCCCACACCUUCCUCUACCUCAGGCUGUUGGCUCUCCCCAGGAGCAGCCAGGAUUGACCUUGGCUCCAACUCCUCUCUUCACAUGCUGAGUAGCCACUCCAAAUCCCUGGACCUGGAGCGAGGGCCCAGCAUGCUCAGCGUGCACCCAGAGCAGAGGAAGCACCCCAGCUGGCCUCGCCUUGACCGCAGUAACAGUGGCAACAGGGGCAGCAGCAAAGGCUACGUGAGGCUGGAGGACAGAGAGGAGCAGGGGGAGCGGAUCCUGGAGGCGUCAGCAUCGACGACGGGGAGACGAGACUACAGCAAACGCGAGAAGCUGUUGAUGAUAUCAAGGUCGCACAAUAAUCUUAGUUUUGAACAUGACGACUUAAACAGCAGCACGAUGAAGAGAGGCAGUUCCGAGACUCGGUUUUGAAGUUGAUGACUUUUUUUUAAAGGUUGAAACCACUUGUAUUGAGGUGUUUAAUUUCUUGUUUCAAAGUCUUUGUGUCAGGGAGAACUGAGUGUACUAAGAGCUGAGCGCCUUAAAAAAAACCCAACAUUUUAAAUCAGCAGGCAGCAAAGUCGUGAAUGACUAUUUUUAAUCUGAGAGGAUUCCCUUCUAUCUGGGCAAGAAACUGAAUGGUUUCCCACCAGGUUAUAAGACGCUGUUCAGCAGUUGGCUAUGACUCUCUUAGCAAGGAGAUGGAUUUUCUAUCAUUGGUCUUGUUUCUAAAAAAAUAAAAAAGAUAAAUAGUUUUAUUAUCAUAUAAACUAGACACAUUGUGCUGUUUUAGAGGUAAAAAAAUGCCAAACAUUUACUGAGUCCUGUUGUACUUUCCUAGUUAUUUUCAACAGAAGUUUGAUCAUUACAGAGCAAAUGGAUGAAGACAGAUCAUAACAAGCGCAAAGCAACAUGAACUUGUUUGCAAAAACCCAUGUGUCAGAGUGAAACAUCUAUUCCAACCCAGCGUUUGUACGAGCAGUCACAUAUAGGACCUCUGUUGCCUUCAGUUCCUUCCAGACUUAUAUAUUGGUUGUGAAGCGUGGAAAGCUGAAGUGCAGCUUUCCUAACACAGCUCUAAUGUUUGAAACAAAGAAACACCAGCAGAGGCCAGAAACUUUUUUGUUGCUUGUUUCACCAAGAAGAUGAUUACGUAAAGCAGCUUUUUGCUCUCAAAGUCCUGGGGAAGCUGUUUUUCUAGAGUCCAGCCCCCCGUUGCUUGCCUCACAUCUUAUCCUAUUUGAAAAGUUUUUCACCUACAGUGAAAAUGUUUGUUCAUGUUGCCUAGAACGCUGCCAUUUUGAACAUAUGAAGAUGCAAAAAUCCCUGUCUAAAAUUCUGCAGAAGGUUUGCUUUGAAACACCUGGGCUGCAUUUGUAAACUCUCGGGACACAUUUUUACCAGUCAACACUGUGUCCAUAUCACAGACUUCAGACUUCACAAAGUUUGUUUUCUCCAGCUGGCAUUGAGAACAAAGCAAGGCUGAACAUACUUAGGGAAAAGAUUCAUACUUUGAUAGACUUUGUUUUAUAAUGUCGCCCAGGUCUGGGCUGUAAAACUACCACAGGAAAAUUGAGAAACAUGAUAGACUGCAUUGAUGUACUGAGGUUAUAAGGUGUUUGACUGGGGUUGUUUAUGUUUGUCAGGUAAGUGAAGACAUACAGAAUUGACUUUUGGCACCAACUCACGAGGGCUACAAACAAAAGUCAUGUUAUGAAAUGUAUUAAAACUAUUACUCAUAAGGCUUAAUAAUUUGAUGAUCAUUUCUGACUCUCUGUUAGUGAACAAACUGGACCAGAUACAGCAAACAAAAAUAAACCACCGUAAGCCCACGAAGCCUCUUAAUCCCAGAAAAACCUGCGCUGCUUUUUUUUGCCACACGUGUCAUUUCUCUACAGAUAUUUGUGUGUUCCUGUUCAUUGAAUGCAAUAUUAAUGAAAUUGUGUGAAAACUGUGUCACUGGUUCUAGAACUAGAACUUCUUCUGACUAGCAGUAUUAAUGUUUUGCCACCAUUCUACAGUUAACUAGUGUGUCCACUGCAUUAGUUUCAAUUUAUACCAUUUUCAUUUCUGGUUCUGUUUGACUUCUAUCAUCUAAUCAUUGAACAAAUGUGUAACAGUAAUGUUCUUUUUGCAGUUUGUAUGCCAGCACACAUUCGGAGUAUCCCAUCUGUGUUCAGUGGUUUGACCAUUUGACAAGAACGCUUCAAUAACUGGUUCCUCAUAGUUUAUGGGUCAGUGUCUAAUUUUAACCAGUCUUGAAAUAAACUGUAUUUUUACUUAAA